AUGCACAAGCGGUCCUCUUUCUUCACAGCCGCCGCCUGGCAGUUCAACAUUGAUGACUACGUCAACCGCUUCAUCCCCCCCUCCGUGGUCCCGCAUCUGCCGCGCCCGCUCGGCCACUUCCUCGGCUAUCGCCAACCGCCACAAACGCCGCACCCCGGGCGCAUCGGUAAUCUGAUUGUCAUUGCCUGGGCGUUUGUCGGUGUUUUUUGCGGCGUGUCGGUGGUCAACGUCGUCGACGCCCGCGUCUCCGCCUUUUUCGGGGUCGACGGCGCCACCAUCACCAUUGGCAGCUUCGGCGCCGCCGCCGUCCUCGAGUUUUACGCCAUCGAGUCCCCGCUGGCCCAGCCGCGCAAUGCCGUCGUCGGCCAGCUCCUGUCGUCCGUGAUCGGCGUCGCCGUCGCCCGCCUCUUUUCGCUGCUGCCGCCCGCCCGCUUCGAGGCGCUGCGCUGGCUCGCCGGGUCCAUUGCCUGUGCGGCGGCGACGGCCGUCAUGGCCCUGACGGGCACCGUGCACCCGCCGGCCGGCGCCACGGCCCUGAUUGCCGUCGCCGACAACAACGCCUACCACAUUGGCUGGCGCCUGAUCCCCGCCGUGCUGUUGGGGUCGGUGCUGAUGCAGGCGAUUGCGCUGCUCAUCAACAACGUGCAGCGGCGGUACCCGAUCUACUGGUGGGCGCCCGAGGAGGUGGGCCAGUUCUGGACGCGCCACUCGACAACAUCGGCACUGUCGGCGUCGCCGGCGUCGUCCACGGCGAGCAACGCGAGCCAGCACGAUAAGCCCGCCAUCGGACGAACGGACAAGUCGGCGCGUGGAGCAACCGGGCCGGGGAAGCCCGAACAUACCGACGAUGCCGAAAAUCCCGAAAAUCCACGCAGGACCGCGCCGCAGGACGACACAGAUGUGGAGCUCGGCAUGACCGAUGUCGCCGACCCCGGGAUGGGCCACGUCACAUUCACCCGCACGCACUCACGCUCGAACAACGGCCCGCGGACGACCACCGUCGCGACGUCUCACGAGCAUGCCCGCGUCGUCAUCACCCGCAACCGGGUCGUCGUGCCAGAUUUCAUGAACCUGCGGCCGGAGGAGAGGCUGGUCCUGGAGACGUUGAGUGAGCGGUUGUAA